AUGAUUCUUAUAUGUUUGGUUCAUACGGUGGUAAAUCGCGUGAAACGUAACAGUUACGUGGUAAGCCGUACUAUAUCGUGCCUUCUCUUUUUAUCGGUCCCGCACAGCUGCCUCCGUGUCCCCAGUGUCGGCGGUAUCAUAGCGCUCGUGGGCAGAGUGACUGAUGGGAAAUUGUUCGGUUGGAGUGUGUCAAAGGGGGCGACAUGCGGGCCAGCGUGGUUGCGACUAGCAAACGUGGAUACCGGCAAAACGGCGGGGACGGAAUCACCCACGGGCCUUGCACCACAGACGGGCGGUGCGGACAGCGCAAGCGGCGGUUCUGGUGGCUCGGGCAUGGAGUGCAUGCAGCUGCGCUCGACUCCUGGACCAUUCCACUACCCCAUCUCGGAGCAGACUAAGUCCCUCGUUGCGUUACAGGAACUCCAGCAUGAGGUCGGCGCUCUGCUCGAAUUUCGCGACCUCGUCAUCGAGACGUUUCCCAACUUGCGCUCGAAGAUGGCUCCGUCGACGCCGGCGAGCACCCGGCGCGACUGGGAGCCCGGAGUGCGCGUGCGCAGGAAACUGGCCGCCAGCGGAGACCCCGCCCGAGCGAAGCCCCAACCCUCCGUGCAGGACUCGGGUUUCAGCACGGAGACCUCGUGCAGCAAGGACGCCCAUUCGUCGGCUUCUGCCUCCGCCGCCACGCGGUCUCGCCCCGUCGAGGAUGAGCUCUGGGCGCUACUCGACGUCAUACAGCGUAAGGGCUCUCGUCUGCGAGACGAGGCGGAGUUACUCCGAGGGGAACUGGACGAGAGGCAAUCAGAAACAGCUGAAGAGUCGUUUGCGCGCCAACUGUCCGCCGGCUGCGCGGACAGCGCGGAUAUCCUUAGACUCAGGAGUGAGCGCGACGCACUCUUGGCUCGCGCCGCUCAGCUAGAAGCGUUAGCGGCGUCCAGUCCACCUACGCAAGGCACGCCGUUAGGCAGGCUGGAUAGUACGCUGGAUACGCCGCGUCGGCCGCCGCGGAUCGCCACACCGGAUUCGAAGAAGUUCGCGGCGAUUCUCCAAGAGAGCAAUCCCGUCGAACUGAGAAGACAACUGCUGGUCUCCACUGUACAGAAUCAGCUGUACAGUCAGCAGCUAAAACAAGCAGCCGCCCAACGCACGAGGCUUCUGGAGAAACUAGACCAAGCCACCGAUCUCAAUAAAGACUUGAAGUUUAGGCUGGACGAGAAGAGCAUAGAACUGGACUUGGCAAAUUCGCGAUUGCAGCAGUACGAAAAGAGAGGUAGCUCCGAGAGCUUAGACAGACGAGACCACAGCAGCAUGCGAGAUAUGGAACCGCUCAACAUGCCAGACGAGGAGGCGAAGAUAACAGAAACACCGCGGAGGAAGCCCAGCAAGAUCCCUCUGCACACCGCCCACAAAGGGGCAGCGCCCCGGCCCCCGGCGCCGGUUGCACCGCCGCGGCCCUCCUCCGCCCACAGCAGCCGCUCCGUCAGAUCCACCACGUCGUCCUCGAACCGCAAAUCCUCGGUGCCCGUGCGGCGUCCCUCCGAAAGCAAGGUUCGCCCGAAACCGUUCUGGAACACGUGGUUCACAUUCGACCGAAACUAA